AUGUGGAGAGCUGUGUCACGUGUGGAGAGCUGUGUCACGUGUGGAGAGCUGUGUCACGUGUGGAGAGCUGUCACGUGUGGAGAGCUGUGUCACGUGUGGAGCUGUGUCACAUGUGGAGAGCUGUGUCACGUGUGGAAAGCUGUGUCACGUGAGGAGCUGUGUCACAUGUGGAGAGCUGUGUCACAUGUGGAGAGCUGUGUCACGUGUGGAGAGCUGUGUCACAUGUGGAGAGCUGUGUCACGUGUGGAGAGCUGUGUCACAUGUGGAGAGCUGUGUCACAUGUGGAGAGCUGUGUCACAUGUGGAGAGCUGUGUCACGUGUGGAGAGCUGUCACGUGUGGAGAGCUGUCACGUGUGGAGAGCUGUGUCACGUGUGGAGAGCUGUGUCACAUGUGGAGAGCUGUGUCACGUGUGA